CGGUACCUUAUCACCAACGUAAACACAAGAGAGACCACAACCGGCGCAACAUCGCAUCUAUUCAGAGAUUGUAUGCCACAGUCAAAGAUUCCAAAUACAAAAACGGCCAACACCAUACCAUGCCCGACUCCCAAACCCCCGCGCCACAGCGCUCCACCUCCCGCCCUCGCACCCCCAACCGACCAACAACUCCCCUCCGCCCCUCCUCGCGCUCCUCCCUACGCGAAUCCGCCCGCGAAUCCAUCCAUGGCUCCAGCGCUUCAUUUCCGCUCAACGCCUUUGAACCCGCCUUCGCCGAGCUGGCCGACGCCAUGGCGGACCUCGAAGCCAACAUGAUGCAUUUCCAGCUGAUGCACGAAAGCCUGGCCCGGUUCAGUGAGGACUUUGCCAGCUUUUUGUACGGGUUGAAUAUGAAUGCGUUUUGUGUGGAUUUCCCAGAGGGACCGUUGACAGAGAGCUUCAAGAGGAUGAAGGAGAAGGAGGAGAGGGAGGCUGCUGCUGGUGGUGGCCAGGGACAGAAUAACAUGGAGACUGGGAUUAUGGGCACAGGGGCUGGGAUGGCGACAGUCAAGCAGGAGAGGGAGGGGUUUGAUGGGGAGACUACUUUUAUGACCACCGAUACCUCCUUUGUCGAUAACCCCACCUCCAACAUUUCCGGCCCUACACCGCGAAAACCAUUGGUGGCGCCCAAGACACCUGCGCCAAGACAGUCGAGGGUGCCCGCGCCGUCUGGAACGACCAGAGGCACGAGUGGAAGAGGUGUUGGUCGUGGUGUUACGCCCAGUUCUCGAACGACGAGCCGCGGUGCGAUUACUAGGAGUACAUCGAACGGGCGAGUUGGUACGAGGGCCCUGAGGUGAAGACGAUGAUGCUGCCAUCCAGAGAUUGACGCAUAACCGUGUCGACUAUUGUACGAUCAUUCAGAUGGCGCUCGCUGUCUUGAGAGCAUUAUCCGGCCAUAUGGAAUUAUGCCUCGGUCGCCUUGUUCAAAUGCGCCUUCACCGUCUCAAGACACUCCGCCUCGCCGCCACUACCACCAACCCACGACCCAGGGGCAGCAACAGCAA